UAUUUUACAUAUAUACUACACUUUUAGCACUUUCCUUGUUUAUCUAUUCGUAUCAUAUAUUAUUUGAAAAGGCUUCAUUUUUAUAAUUAGCAAAGCCAAUGGCUCUCGAGGGGGCGAUUUCCCAACACAGCUAUAAUGGGAAAGAAGCCUAUUCCAACAUUUACGCAGAUAAUGAACCACCGUUUUCUGAUCUCCAAGCCGCUCUUUGUUUUCUCGACUACCAAACCGAUAACUACGACUCUACUUUUCUCCAAGAAGGUUACUAUGGGAAUACUACUACAUUCCUUCAUCAACCACCUAAUGAAAUUGUAGUUAAUGAGCAGAAACCUACGGCGAACUGCGGUAUCAGUUUCCACGGAGAUAUGGGGAAUAAUCAAGUAACGCGACGCAGAACAAGGGCCAAGAAAAACAAAGAAGAAAUUAGUAAUCAACGUAUGACUCACAUUGCAGUGGAGCGCAACAGGAGAAGACAGAUGAAUGAGUACCUCUCUGUUCUCCGCUCUCUCAUGCCUGAGUCAUAUGUUCAAAGGUGUGACCAAGCAUCAACAGUAGGGGGUGCAAUAAACUUCAUCAGAGAACUCGAACACCGUCUUCACCUUCAAAACCUCAGUUGUGAUCCAAAUGAAAUAUCUCUAUCAGGAAGCUGUAUGUCAUCGGCGACACCUUUCUCCGACACCUUCAAGCUUCCCCAGUUCUCAAUGGGUUCCUCUUCUGUCAGUGAUAACAUGGUUGUCGAGGUUAACGCAUUGGCUGAUAUCGAAGUAAGCCUCGUCGAGAGCCACGCAACUCUUAAGAUAAGGUCAAGAAGAAGACCAAAGGUUCUUUUCCACCUGGUCUCUGGCUUACAGAGCUUAGGUUUUAUCAUUCUACACUUGAAUAUCUCCACUGUUUCUGACUUUGUCCUCUACUGUUUCUCCACUAAGAUGGAAGAUUGUUGUAAGCUUUCCUCCGUCGCUGAUAUAGCUACUGCAGUGUAUGAAAUGCUCAAUAUGCAUAACGAUUCAUGAUGAUGCUCAAGAUUACCCCUAAAGUAGAUCUAUUUGCAGUGUAAAUGCUAGUAACGACUAGCCGAUUUGGAAUCAAUUGAUACGAGUUUAUAUAAUUGAAUAUGUAUGCUUGGCCUGUCAAGUUACUGUAGUAUUUUGUUACAUUUAUAAAUGCUGUCAACUGAACUUAAUAAAAUUUCUAGUAAAGAUAUGGACGGUCCAUUUUUU